AUGAGGAAUUUGAAGUUCCUAGACUUGGCAAACAACAGGAUAAGCUCUUUGUCUCAGGCAGCAAUGAACUCACUUCAACAACUUUUAGACAACAAACAAGGCUCACUUACGAUUGAUCUUUCGGGAAAUGUGUUCACAUGUUCGUCAAUUGCUUUAACACUCAUUAUUUGCAUAUCAUGCGGAGUUGGCGUUUAUAAAAACAGGUGGAAUUUGCGAUAUAUCAUAUACAAAACCAAAAAGAGAUUUCGUAAUCGUGGAAAUUUUAAUGGAAACAUUCAAUCAACCGUACAUUACGAAUAUGACGCAUAUAUUUCAUACUGUGGAAGUGAUAGAAGUUUUGUGUUAUCGGAAAUGCAUCAACAACUUGAAAAUGUCCGGGGUUUAAGGCUACUUAUUCGUGACAAAAUUUUUCUUCCUGGAGAGUCCAAGUCCAUCUCUAUUAUGGAAGGCUUACAAGAUAGCUCAAAAGCAGUUUGUGUUGUUUCAAAGCGGUAUCUGACAUCCAAGUGGCGCGAUUAUGAACUGAACAUGGCAAAAGUUGAAGGCGUCAAAGACAGAGGGAGCAUUCGUUUUGUUAUUGUUAUUUUAAUGCCCGAUGUGUAUAAUGGGACUUACCCAAGUAAACUAGCGGAUUUGCUGAAACAGGAUUGCUACCUGGAAUACCCAGAAAACGAACGGGAUUAUGAAGAAUUCUGGGAAAAACUAAUACAGAAAAUUUCUCAGGAUAUCUCAGAUCUCUAAAGGAAAUAGACAUUACAAACAUUUUA